CUGGUGGUAACUGGAUAAGUAACAUCCAAAACAGUGUUGUAUCCUGGAGAGCUGUGACUAAUGUUGAACUACGGACACGGUCUGACAUUGGAAAACCAAACACAUCGCCACAGACAACCAUUCUCCCAGCUCUGAGGAUUCCUUCAAACUGUCCCAAAAUAAUUGAUUUACUGGCCUUUGACCCAGAUGGAGAUGAAGUUAAAUGCAGAUAUGGAAACACAACAGAGUCAGAGUGUAAUCCAUGCAAUCCUCCAUCUGUUCUCAUCCUCUCAUCUACUUGUUCUCUUAAUUUUACCGCGAACAACUCUCCUUCCAGCAGUAGUGAUGUUCCAUAUGCAGUCCAGUUGGUGAUGGAGGACUUUCCCACACAGAACAUCAAUUUGACUCAAACUGAUGGUUCACAGGAGAUGAAAACGACCAGUGAUGCCAUCAGCAAGAUACCUUUACAGUUUGUUUUGAAAGUGGCCCCAGCAAUACCAUCCUGCACAGAAGGUCUCUAUCUGCCCAGAUUUAUUUUUCCAACUCCAAACAACAGAGAGGAGCUCCAAGCCUCUGUUGGUCAGGCUCUGGAAAUACACAUCAGCGCAGUGGCAAGUGCGUCCACGAUCGCCAACCUCCGGUACAGCGGGCCUUACAAUGUGGUGAAGAAUUCAUUAGGAUCAGGGAAUUUCACUCUGACUUGGACGCCAUCUGCAAGUGAGGAGGGACAGAGUCAUGCAAUCUGCUUCACUGUCCAGGCAAAUGUCUCCAGCACUUUGUACGACUCUGAACUUCGGUGUGUUAUUGUCACAGUUGCACACAUUCCAACACCCACCACAACACCCACCCAAACAAACACCAUAACACCUGUCACCACAGCAGCCAACGGGACAAUCGCCACAACACCCUACAUAACAAACACCACUACACCCACCACAACGCCCGCCACAGCACACAUAGCACCCACCUACAACACAACUACAACACCGAUGGCAUCCACACCAAAUAUAACUUUUUUCACCACUGAAAAUACAACUACAACGCGGAUGGCAUCAACACAAGCUGCAACAACUUCUGAUCCAGGACCUGAAUACAUUAUUGCGCUGAAUAUGAAGAUCUCUACCACACUUUCUUUGGAGAAUGAUGAAGAUACCAUCAUAGCACUGAUCAAAAACAAACUUGUUGAAGAAGGACUGCCUUCCUCCAUAACUGUUCGUCUUCUGAGUGGCAAUCAAUUGGUUGUUACAACAGCAAGCCCCUAGAGGAGCAUCUUGAGGAACUGAUCCCUGCAGGGAUAUACUUCCAGAUCUCUUGAUUUAAUCGAACCCCGAAUAAUCAACCUAGAGCCUAAUCUAUUUUAUUUGUCCUUUAUUUUAUUUUUCCAUCCAUCC